AUGUCUUGGAAACUCACCAAGAAAUUAAAAGAAACCCACUUGGGCCCCCUCACCAACACCUUCUCAAGGAAUCCUUCCACCUCGACCAUCACAGAAAAAGAUGAAAAGUCCCCGAUUCCCACGUCUGCUACCCCUACCCCAAGUGAUAAUGCCAUCGCUGCUUCGGAACACAUGGUGCAGGAGCCCAUCGUCAAGCCUCCGAAGCCUGGUAUUCUCGUCAUCACUCUCCACGAGGGUCAGAACUUUGCGCUUCCCGAACAACACCGCAAUGCAUUCACCCAGCAUGGAACAGGUUCUAUGUCAACAGGGAACGCCCUGAGCUCUGGCUCCGUCAGACCCGGUUCCUCUUCACGAUCAGUGGUCGGGUCAUACAUGAAUGGCAGACCUCAGACUUCGGCAGGCGGAUUCACCGGCAUACCUUCCAACCACGGACGGAUUUCUAGUAAAUAUCUGCCGUAUGCCUUGCUGGAUUUCGACAAGGUCCAAGUCUUCGUGAACUCGGUUUCGGGCAACCCAGAAAACCCUUUGUGGGCCGGUGACAACACUCAGUACAAAUUUGAUGUGUCUCGGGUAACAGAGUUGAACGUACACUUAUACAUGCGCAACCCUACUGCGCCGCCAGGCUCCGGUCGAAGUCAGGAUAUAUUCUUAGGUGUGGUUCGAAUCAAUCCUAGGUUUGAGGAGAGGCACGCUUUCGUGGAAGAUCCCAAGGCUAGCAAGAAGGACCGCGAGAAGGCGGUAGCCGAGUUUCAAAACAAGGAGCGCGAACUGGGACACGCCGGUGUCGAAUGGGUUGAUGUUCAGUAUGGCGCUGGAAAGCUCAAGAUCGGCGUCGAGUAUGUUGAGAACCGUGCGGGUAAGCUGAAAAUCGAGGAUUUUGAGCUACUUAAGGUGGUCGGCAAAGGCAGUUUCGGCAAGGUCAUGCAAGUCCGCAAGAAAGAUACGAGCCGGAUUUACGCGCUUAAGACCAUCCGCAAGGCACAUAUCAUUUCUCGAUCCGAGGUCGCUCACACUCUAGCCGAGAGGUCUGUAUUGGCGCAGAUUAACAAUCCUUUCAUUGUACCUCUCAAGUUCACCUUCCAGUCCCCCGAAAAGCUCUACUUCGUGUUGGCUUUUGUCAACGGUGGAGAGCUGUUCCACCAUCUCCAAAAGGAGACACGAUUCGAUGUCAACCGGGCGAGAUUCUAUACUGCCGAGCUCCUCUGUGCGCUCGAAUGCUUACACGGCUUCAACGUUAUCUAUCGAGAUCUAAAACCCGAGAACAUUCUCCUCGACUACCAGGGCCACAUCGCGCUUUGCGACUUCGGACUUUGCAAGCUGGAUAUGAAGGACGAGGACCGCACGAACACGUUCUGCGGCACACCUGAAUACCUAGCACCUGAACUCCUCAUGGGCAAGGGUUAUAACAAAAAUGUGGACUGGUGGACUCUAGGAGUUCUUCUCUACGAAAUGCUUACUGGUCUCCCUCCUUUCUACGACGAAAAUACUAACGAGAUGUAUCGCAAGAUUUUGUCGGAGCCUCUGCAUUUCCCUAGUGCGGAUAUUGUGCCACCAGCCGCCAAGGACCUUUUGUCGAAGUUACUCAAUCGCAACCCCGAAGAGCGGCUGGGAGCUGGAGGCAGCGCAGAGAUCAAGGCGCACCCAUUCUUCCAUGCCAUAGAUUGGCGGAAGUUGUUGCAGCGCAAAUACGAACCGACCUUCAAGCCUAGUGUAGCGGAUGCUUUAGACACUGCAAACUUCGACCCUGAAUUUACGUCUGAAGCCCCCCAGGACUCAUACGUUGAGGGGCCAGUAUUAUCAGAAACGAUGCAGAACCAGUUCGCAGGAUUCAGUUACAACCGACCGAUUGCCGGACUCGGGGAUGCUGGUGGCAGCGUCAAGGAUCCUUCCUUCGUGGGCAGUAUCCAAGACCGACGAUAG